AUGCUCAAACAUUUGGAGGAGUCAAAAUUGACAGAGGUACUUUUGGCAAUGGACAAGGUUUCGGCGAAGGGGGUGUCGGUGGCGGAGAAGGAGGCGGUGCUGGUGGAGGUGGUGGUGCUGGAAGCGGACGUGGUGGUGUUGGAGAGGGAGCUGGUGCAGGUAGUGGAGCUGGAGGUGGUGUCGGAGGUGUACACAAAGGAGGUAGUGGAGUGGGAGGCGGCGCUGGUGGAGGUGGUGGAGUGGGAGGCAGUACUGGUAGAGCCGGGGGCGGUGCUGGUGGCGUCGGAGGCGGUGCUGGUGGUGAUAAAGGAGGAGUUGUAG